UAUACAAAUAAUCCCCAUAUCCCCAUCUGUUGCUUUCACCCGUAAGCCCUUCCCGGAUAACAAAAAGUGGAAGGUGAAGCAGCCAUGGCGACCAUCACGGCGCCUCCCUGCUCCUCCUCUCCAUCGUGUAUGUUCCUCACCCGCAGCUAUUGCUGCUCGAGGUCGGCGCCAAGAGCGGCCAUCCGCUCAUCUGCGGUGGCGGCGGCCCGGCAGACGCUCUCCUCCGGAUGGGACCUGUCCGGGCUGUCGGGAGCGCGACCGGCAGCUAGAAAAGCCCGUCUCGAGGAGUUGGACACCAGCGACAUGCUUCUCCGCCAGCGAAUCAUCUUUCUCGGCUCCCCGGUGGAUGAUUUGAAUGCGGAUCUUAUCACUAGUCAACUCUUACUAUUGGAUGCAAAGGACCACACAAAGGAUAUCAAGUUGUUUAUUAAUUCACCUGGAGGCUCCAUUACUGCAGGAAUGGGGAUUUAUGAUGCCAUGAAAUUUUGCAAGGCUGAUAUCUCAACUGUUUGCUUUGGAUUGGCGGCUUCCAUGGGUGCAUUUUUGUUAGCUGCUGGGACAAAGGGAAAGAGAUUUUGCAUGCCAAAUGCGAGAAUUAUGAUCCAUCAGCCAUCAGGGGGAGCUGGUGGGAAGGCCACAGAGAUGGGAUUGCAGAUAACAGAAAUGCUCUAUGAGAAGAUAAAGAUCAACAAGAUAAUGUCAAGGAUCACUGGAAAGCCUGAAGAGCAGAUUGACGAGGACACGAAGUUUGACUGUUUCAUGAGUCCUUGGGAGGCCAAGGAUUAUGGAAUAAUUGACAGCAUUAUAGAUGAGGGGAAACUUGGAUUGGUAGCUCCUGUAUCGGGAGCUGUUCCACCCCCAAAAUCACGUGUGUGGUACUUGUGGAACGCUUCAGGACCAACUAGAAAAAUAAUGAAAAAUCUACCUUCAGAGGAAAAGCUCAUUCGAAAUGGCAAUGGCAGUGUAAGUGGAGCUGAUGGAAUGCUGAAGGAGGCCUCAUCAACUUGAGAUAUGUCUUACAGCAUCAACAUGGGUUUAGGAUCAAAGAUGUGGCUUGCUAUACAGGCCAGAGCAUACAAUGUGCAAUUUUCAGGGUGCAGGUCUGUAUGCCUUGCCGGUACUCGAAGAUUGGCUGUAGUGCUGUUUGUUUGCUGUAUUGUAUUAUUUUUCCUGUAUACGGUUGAUUUAUUGAUCUUGCAGUGCAACCAUCAUUUCGCAGGAGAAUAUAGCAUCCCUUGCUUA